AUGUUCACUUCAAUCUACAAAAAUCAAAUUUUAUCACUUGUUAUCGAUAUUAACACAAAUGGAGAAGUGUAUACAACAAAAAAUAUAAAUAAACUCUUAUUUUCCCAAAUCUUUACUACAUUUAGUAAUUUACAAUCAUUAAUUUUUUGUCCAUCUUUAAUUCAUUAUCAAUAUUUAUUCUUCGAUAUUUUUCCUUCCACAAUCGUCUCUUCAGCUCUAUUAGAAUUACAUGUUUGUUUGACCAACUUUCGCGAUUGUCUUUAUCUACUUGAUGAACGUUUUAAUCAGCUUCGUAUAUUUCAUGUUAAUAUUGCUGUAAUUAAUCUUGCGAGUUUAACAUUCAAUAAUAAGAAAAAACUACCUAACUUAAGAUCGUUUAAGCUUUCUAGUGAUAAUAUUACCGAUGGUUAUGAUGAAUUAAUUUUGCCACUUUUACAUCGAAUGUCGAAUUUACACGAACUUAAUUUGUCUCUGUUUGUUUGGACGACUGAAACAUUUGUUGACGGUAAUAAUUUGAAAAUAAGUAUUAUCAAUCAUAUGGGAUUAUUAAACAAAUUUACAUUUAAUAUUGUUACAACCACUAGCUUUUAUAAUCAAACUAAUUUACCAUCUAAUGACUAUAUUCAAGAAACAUUCAAAGAUUUUGAAAAUAAACAAAUUAUUUCGUCUGUUGAUUAUUUUCAACAAAAUAAAUCUAGUCAAUGUCAUAUUUAUUCAUAUCCAUAUCAAUUAAAAGAUUAUGAUAAUAUAACAAACAAUUUUCCAGGUGGAAUCUUUAUAUCAGUUCGUAGAGUAUCAUUAUUUGAUGAACGUCCUUUUGAACAUGAAUUUUUUCUUCGAAUUGCUCAAUCAUUUCCAUUUAUGGAAAAAUUAACAUUAAUAAAUAAUAAGCGACAAAACAAUAAACAAUUUGGAAAAUCAAAAUAUAGAAAUCAAGAUUUGUCAAUUAUUCAAUAUCCUUAUCUUAUUGAACUUGAUCUUUGUAAAGCUCAGAAAGAUUAUUACGAACAGUUUUUAUUUGACACUAAAACAUGUUUACCAAAUAAUAUUUGUGUUAAUAUGGAUUAUCGACUAGUAAAAAAAGUGACACGAAAUUUUCGAAGAAAUACUACACGAAGUGAAAAUCGUCGUGCUCAUCUAGCAUAUUUAUAUUAUAAUUUGCAUCAAGCAUUAACAUAUUAA